AUGACUCAACAUAAAGAUUUUUAUCCCCUUGAUGGAAAACCAAUUCGGGUUCCUUUCAUGAUUGCAGAUACAAAGGAGAAACAUUUUUAUGUAUCUUUCAAAAGCUUUAAGGUUCUUAAGAUUCCAUAUCGAAAAGGACAAGAUAAAAUAAUAUUCUCCAUGUAUGUCAUUCUUCCUAACAAGGAAGAUGGAUUACAAGAUCUAGUUCAAAAUUUUAAUUCCACCCCGGAGUUACUAGGAUUGACAUUACCUUUUGAGAUGAUUGGAGACUUCAAAGGAAUGAUUGAUUCUCUUGAAAGUGAAAAUCUUUUUGUUUCCAAAAUAUUACACGAGUCUUUUAUUGAAGUUAAUGAGGAAGGUACUGAGGUAGCAUCUUUUACUAUUUUUGAUCUUCCUGCAACUUGUUCACAAUAUGAACCUCCUCCACUUCCCAGUUUUAUGACAGACCAUCCGUUCAUAUUCAUUAUUAGAGAAGAGAUAUUUGGGGUUGUGUUCUUCGUUGGAGUUGUACUUAACCCGCUUUAUGGUUAA